UGUGAUGAUGUACACAAACCACGUUCAGUCUCUGUGUGUGUGAAUGAUACACCUGAGCAGGGACUUUCAGGCAGACAGCGCUGGACACUGACUGUUGGGCCAUCGCUCAGAUUUGUCUUUUCUCAGUCUUUAGCUUUAACCUCAAGGCAAGUAUGAGUUACAGGACUGUGGUGAUGUACAUGGAGAUUGGCUGCUUUGUGCUCUGUGUAUCUGGAUGGAUUUUGGUCUGUUCCACCAUGCCCACAGAGAUCUGGACUUGGUCUGAGGUGGACAGCAUAGUCUUGACAACUUCAAACUAUUUCUCCAACCUGUGGAAGGACUGUAUAUCUGAUUCAACGGGAGUAUCUGACUGCAAAGGAAUUCCGUCAAUGCUUGCACUGAAUUGGGACAUUCACAUGUGCCGCGCUCUCAUCAUCAUCUCCAUUAUCUUGUCUUUCUUUGGAUCAGUUCUGGUCUUAGUGGGAAUGAAGUGCACUAAGAUUGGAGGCUCAGAGAUUGCUAAUGCAAGAGUAACUUUUGCUGGGGGGAUGAACUAUCUCAUCGGAGGGUUGUGUUCGAUGAUCGCUUUCUCCUAUUAUGGAAACAAAAUUAGAGCAGAAUUUCAAGACCCUAACUUCAAAGCUCAGAAGUUUGAAAUAGGUGUUGGUGUCUUUAUUGGCUGGGGAGGCUCAACCUUACUUAUUGUUGGAGGUCUUGUUUACAGUAGCUUUGCAGGGAGGGAAGGGUGCCACUCAAGCUCAAAAAGAUACCCAGCUUACCAGUUACCUGACGCUUAUACAGCUGUUCCAACAAGAAAGAGCAUCGUGUCUUCAGCUCGUACAGAGAUUAGUGAAAGCCAAAAAUCAAGGACCACCAGUGGCAGCAGAGUCAGCAGCAUCUCUGGGAUCACCACUUCCACAAAGACAUCAACCUCGUUUGAAUAUGUCUGACCUCGCUUUUCGAGAAAAAUGUUCUAUGUUACUGUCCUUUUGGCCUAAUUUUCGCAUCAAUUACACUUGAGUUUUGGUAUUUGUUUUCAUUUUUGAAAGACAUGGCCAGAAUUUUAGUUUAUACAUUCAAGAAAUUGACUAACAUCAUCAACAGAAUGUGAAAAAACAACAGUGUUGGAGUUACUGUAUGUCAAAGACAUCUACGCACUGUAUUGCAGUGCCCAUUCCUGUCUCGUCAUACAACUUUGUACCUCUAAAGGCAGGUGGUCCAGGUAGUUAGCUAGCUAGUUAGGUAGCUGAAGCCAAAGAUAACUACAGAAAACAAGACAUUGAGAAUCAGUUGGCUGUUAGUGAUGUGCUUCGCCCCAUAUUUUUGGAGCCGCUUUCAAAUUCUGGCAAUAUUUUACAAAUUGUCUCUUUAUUGAUAGCUGACCUCUUGACCCGACCAUCUAAAGAACCUAAAUUCAGUUCAGCCAUCAUUAAUCUUAUUAUUUACAUCUAUGCUUUUCCAUAUGUGACAAUAAUAAUCUAAUAAAAUCAUUCAACAUAUAAUUUAUUAGGACACAAAAUAUGUGUUUAUGAAUUAUUUUGUGUGUAUGAGUGUUUUUGUUUUGACAUGAAUCAUUUUUGAAUGUUACUUUCCCUGAAUAUAUUUUGAUAUACCAUGUUAGAGUUCUAAUUAGUAUAACAGUAAUAGCAAUUAUGUACCAUUUUGAAUGUAUGACGUUUAUUUGUUUUACUUCAUUAAAUUAUCUGAGUAUUCAUACCACUGCUA